ACUUGCGAUCAUUUCCCUUGCUAGUUUAAUUGUAUUGACAUUCCCAGCCUUCGUUACUUUGGUCCGUUUUUGUCCAAAAUAUGGAGUUAAUUUAAACAGUGCAUCCUGAAUUGAGGCAGCAAAUUCUACCAGGCCAGCUGUGAUUUACAACCUAACAGCAAUAUUUGGACUGCUAAGAAAUGGGUGGAGACUAAGGAGAGAGCGGUAUUAUAGGUUCUACAGCUACAUGUAGAACCUCCCUGUGGUAUUUAAGCACCACACCCAUUCCAGGCCACAUAGCCAGGACUAUUCUACAGUACCACAGCUCUCUUCAGCACAGGCAGGACAGUCAACAUGGCGCUGGUAUCUGAGUUUCUAGGACAACUGUCUCUUAAUGUGGGGUCCUGUGAGUCCAAAUACCCAACUGUUGUUCCUGCGGUUGACUUCGAUCCAGACAAAGAUGCUGCCAGAAUAGAGACUGCUAUCAAGACGAAGGGUGUGGAUGAAGCGACCAUCAUCAAUGUUCUGACCAAGAGGACCUACAGCCAGAGGAGAGAGAUCGCUUUCGCUUAUGAGAGGAGAGCCAAGAAGGAUCUGGUGACUGCCCUGAAGGGGGCUCUAUCUGGGUCGUUGGAGACUGUGAUCUUAGGUCUGAUGAAGAGUACAACUCAGUACGAUGCCUCCGAGAUCAAAGGAUCCAUUAAGGGUCUAGGAACGGACGAGGAGGUGCUGAUAGAGAUUGUCUGUUCUCGCAGCUCCUCAGAACUGGCUGAGAUUAAGACGGUCUACAAGGAACUGUUCAAGAAGGAUCUGGAGAAGGAUGUGGCUGGAGACACCUCGGGAGACUUCGCAAAGCUGCUGCUGGCCCUGGUGCAGGCCAAGAGGGCAGAACCCUGCAGUGUGGUGGACUAUGAGAAGAUCGAUGAAGAUGCCAGAGCCCUGUAUGAUGCUGGAGUGAAGAGGAAAGGAACCGAUGUGGCCACCUGGAUCUCCAUCAUGUCAGAGAGGAGUGUUCCCCACCUGCAGAAAGUGUUUGACAGGUAUAAGAGCUACAGUCCCUAUGACAUGCAGGAGAGCAUCAGGAAGGAGGUGAAAGGAGACCUGGAGAAGUCCUUCCUGACACUCGUUGAGUGUUUUGAGAACAAACCGCUGUACUUUGCCAGCAGACUUGCAGAGGCCAUGAAGGGUAAAAGUGCGAAGGAGAAGGUGGUGACGAGGAUCAUGGUGUCUCGUUGUGAAGUCGACCUCAUGAAGAUCAGAACCGAGUUCAAGAGUCAGACCGGCAAGUCUCUGUUCCAGACCAUCUCUGAGCACACUAAGGGGGAUUACCAGAAGGCCAUGCUGUCUCUGUGUGGAGGAGACGACUAAACAGCAUCUGGACUUCAUUACCUGCAAGCCUUCGGCGUACUGGUCGUUAUGUCCACUGCUGGGAAGGUUGCUUACUAGACUACAACCCCCACUGGACUACAAUGUCCAGGCAUUAGUUUGGCAGCCACUAGACUACAACUUCCUACGUUAAGAGGUUUACUCAUACUAUUGGACGUUAUCAUAUGGAUAUUAAUAGCAUCAUUCUGAAGUAUUUCAUUAGAUGAAGAUAUUGAACCCUGUUUUCCUGUAACAACCCUACCUGGUAAUAAAGUAACUUUGGCAAAGUGUUCUUCACAUAUUUUUGUAAUUUAAGACUUUUAUCCAGAGCGACUUACAGUAGUUUCGUACUGGUUCUCCCCAUGUGACUCGAACCUGAAACCCUGGCAUUGCAAGCGUCAUGCUCUACCAAGUCAUUUUCAAUGUCACAUCUUGACUCAUUUUUCCAAGGGGCAAGAAAAAGUCAACUUGUAAUCAUAUUCAGUUACUAUAGGUGACCACUAGAGGGUGGUAGGAAGUUCAGUAGCUACUCUUCUCUGGUCUGAAACUGACAUGCUUUCAUCCACUUAUCUUUUGAAUAAAAUGAAAUGUUUCUUUA